ACCUCCGGUGUGGCAUUACACACAUCUUCCUGUCUCUCAUUCCCUUUUCCUCCAAAUCGCUCAAUCCAAACUCACGGUUAAACAGCUGCCGUCGGAAAUGAGUGUGGCUGGGGCCUUCAAUGCUCUCAAAUCCUCCACUCUCAUCUCAUGGAAAUCGACCGGUAAGCUUCAACAAACCCUAGCGGCCUGCGUGGAGCGGACUGGAAGCACUUUACACUCUGGAACCACCUGCACCGUCAAGUUAUGGCCGGAAUUCGCUGGUCGCGGGAGGUACUUUGAUCUUCGGUCCAAAUUCAUUCCUGCGUCAAUUCAUUGUGUUCAGGAGUCACCUUUAUGUACCACGCUGGCUAAAGACGGAUGCAAAAUUCGAACUGUCGAGCAUUUGCUUUCAGCUUUAGAGGCCAUGGGCGUUGACAAUUGCAGGAUCCAGAUCGACUCUGCCCAUCAUGAUGUUGAGGUUCCUAUUUUUGAUGGUUCAGCAAGUGCAUGGGUGGAGGCAAUAGAACAAGUUGGCUUAGAGGUGGCUGUUGAUCACUGUGGCAAUAAUGCUGAAAAAAUGGCACCGUCUUUGAAAGAACCAGUUUAUGUGCAGAGGAAGGAUUCUUUUAUGGUCGCUUUCCCUUGUGAAAGGGUUUGUAUAACUUAUGGCAUUGACUUCCCACAGGUAAUCAUUUCAUCUUGUGAUAUAGCAUACAGUAAGGUCCUCCCUGAAGUGCAGGAGCCAAAGAGAGUUAGGCCUAGUUUUUACAAUAAAAAACUAUAGCAGGAAUCUAGGAUAUAGAGAGAAACAAAGGUGAAAGGCUUGUCAGAAAGAAAUGUUGGUCGAAGGGCUCAAGUGCAAGAUCUUGGCUUCUGAUGUCAUGUUAUAAUUUAUAUUUAGCAUUUAUCUCUCCAAAGUUGAACUGUUAGGUAAUGGGUCUGACUUUGUAUGUCAUGCACUAAAAUCCCCACUCACAUGAAGCCCGUAGGCCUGCACAGUUAUGCUAGUUCAUGCAACAAAAAACAAUGCCUGACUUAGCAAAAAUGUCAACUAAGCAAAUCAUUCAACUUUGUAUAUCAUGCUGUAGCAUGCUUUAAGCUCUAUAAGUCUUCUCUAACAAUUAUGAAAUUUUUUUAUCAAUAACUCUUUAACUCAUAGCUAAAUAUAAGACAAGCACAGCAAUAAACAAUAACGCACUAGAGAUUGUAGCUAGUUGGUAAAGUGCAUCUUCUUCUGUCCCAAAGAGAUGGAUUCAAUUUCCCAACAUCCAAUAUCAACAAAAAGAAAAAAUUAAACCAAAACAUUUUAUUGAUGAUUCAUAUACAAUAGUUUGGCAGAUUAGGAGAUUAGUAGAAAGAAAACUGGAAAAAGAAUCUAUUUUACUUUACUUUCAUUUCUGGCUAUCCCUUCCAUUUGAACACAAGAUAUUUUUUUCAACUCUUCAGCUUUUCUCUCAACUCCAACUUUUUCACCAUUCACCUUUUCUCUUUUGAGUUUUCUUUUUGUUUUUAGUUUGUUCUGAGGUUUUCUUGUGUCUUUUUACUUGAUUCUCCUCAAACUCAAACAAGGGAGGCUGUAUUUGUUAGGAAUCUUGAUCUCUUUGAAAGAUUAGUGUUGGGAUAUCUCUCUGUUCCAGCAUUAUCAUGGACUGGACCCAUUUGUGGCACUCCUAAACUUAAAAUCCUCUUCAGAAAGGAAUUAAUUGGCAACAUGACU